AUUCCAAAACUCACCAAAAAAAAAGCGAUCAAAAAGCUUAAGCAACCGACACUCUCACUAACCGUUUUCGACGCAGACACCACCAAACGCCCUUAGAUUCUCCGUCGUCGACCGCCGCGCACGCUACCACCGGAGACGGCUAUGAUGGCGGCUAUGAUGUCGGAGAAGAUGGUGGACCCCACCCCAACCCCCGCCCCCUCAAUCACUCGCAAUCCUUCCCAACAGUUUUCCGGCGAGUCUCCAUCCGUUCCGCCCUCGCCGGAAGCACCUGAUCGCUCGUCCUCCUCCACUCCCAGUCCUUCCAGGCAGCUCGAUCUUCAGGGUCAACCGCCUACGAGACUAGAAGAGUAUCGGCAGCUGUUUCGUCUUCCACCUGAUGAAGUUCUCAUCCAAGAUUUUAACUGUGCCUUGCAAGAGAAUUUUCUUCUUCAGGGUCAUAUGUACCUUUUCGGUCACUAUAUCUGCUUCUAUUCCAAUCUGUUUGGAUUUGAGACAAAGAAAAUUAUUCCAUUUACUGAAAUCACAUCAAUACGAAGAGCAAAUGCGGUAGCUGUUUUUCCAACUGCUAUAGAAAUAAUAGCUGGUGGCAAGAAGUACUUCUUUACCUCUUUGUUAUUCCGUGACGAAGCAUAUAAGCUUAUCAAUGAAGGUUGGGUGCACCAUGGUGGUGGAUCUAAGGAAAUUACAGAUCAACAGGAGCCAAAGCUUGAUGCAUCAAGCCAGGAAAACGGAAGCUAUAUAGCUGAAAAAUCUAUUAGCACCAGACAAUCAUUGGAUGAGUCAGAUAUCAUUGGAAGUGAUAACAAUCACCUCAUAUCGGAGGAAUCCAAACAUUUAGCCGAUGGUGAGCCUGAAAUUAUCCCAACAUCUUCAGUCAUAGAAGUUAAGGAAGAACCAAAUGCACUGCCUGCUCCUGUUACCGAGUGUUCUUCAUCAGAAAAAUCUUUUACAUGGGAACCUGAGCCUACUGAUGCUCCUGGAGUUCCUGAAGGCUACACCAGGGUUGCAGAGUCAAAGUUUCCGGUACGAGCAGAGGAGUUCUUUAAUAUAUUCUUCUCUGAUGAUAGUGUUAAUUUCCAUGAGUCGUUUCAUGCGAAGUGUGGUGAUAAAGAUUUCAAGUGUUCAUCAUGGCAACCUCAUGAAAAAUUUGGGCAUACUCGUGAUGUAUCAUUUCAGCAUCCAAUUAAAAUUUAUUUUGGUGCAAGAUUCGGUAGCUGUCAAGAGGUUCAGAAAUAUAGAGUUUAUAGGAACUGCCAUUUGAUCAUUGAUACUUCUCAAAAUAUUAGUGAUGUUCCAUACGGCGACUACUUUGCUGUUGAGGGACGCUGGGAUGUCGAGCAAGUGGGAAAUGAUUCAACGCCUUCCUGCACUUUGAGGGUUUACACCAAUGUCGCCUUUUCAAAGAAAACGAUGUGGAAAGGCAAAAUAGUACAGUCUACAGUGGAAGAGUGCCGAGAAGCUUAUGCAAUUUGGAUAGACUUGGCACAUGAGGUGUUGAAGCAGAAGAACUUGGAGAAAGGAGGGGUUUCUGCUUCCAACAUGAAUACAAAUAUAGUUCAGCCAGAAAACCAAGCAAACAGUCUGCAACACCUGGAAGCAAAGGCAAGUGAUCCGGGAAUACCAACUACCUUACCUGAUGUGGCUGAUAUGAACCAACAAGUCACUUAUAUUCCACAAGGAAAUGCCAGCCCGGCAUUGACUGGAUCUCUGUUUAGAGAUACCUUUGCCAACUUCUGUACAUCGAUAAAACAUAUGAGCACUCCAUCCCUGCUUCUGGUCGUUACUAUUGCUGUAAUUCUUGUUUUAAUGCAGCUAAGCAUCCUCGUCUUACUAAGUAGACCCCAGCGGAUCCAUGUGAUCCCUCAGGCAAGCUGCACGAACGGCAUGGGAAAUAGAGGGGACGCAGUCGCCUCAGUUGGUAGGCAAAUCAAGUAUCUGAAGGAGGAGAUGCAUUUAGUGGAGACUUUGCUGGAGAAGAUGCAAGAUGAGCAUGCUCAACUAAAAGAAAAAUUGAGAGAAUUAGAGCUGUUCAGGAACUGAGAUAAAGGUGUUUUGUAUACAUGCUGUGGCAUUCUUUUAUUUUAGGUUAAAGCUUCUCUUGUCUAACCGAGUUUAAUUGUACAUCUGUAAAGAAGGAUUUCUGUAUUUUUUAUGACUAUGUCUAUAUGUGAUGGUGCAAUUGAUGGUUUA